GGUUUAGGGUUUAGGGUUACUUGGGGAUGGCGGACGAGGAGGCCGCGCACAAGCAGCACAGGGCAUCCAGGGCGGGGGCGUCUGCCGGUGCCAGCAAGCUCAAGAAGAAGAAGAAGAAUGAUCGCGGCCCCUCCACCAAGCAGUCCAAUCCCAAGGCCUUCACAUUCCGAUCUGCCGUGAGAGCAAAGCGGCAGCAGGCGGUCUCGGCGGAGCGGCAGCAGCGCAAGCUCCAUGUCCCAAUCCUGGACCGCGCCACUGGCGAGCCGCCCCCAUUCGUCAUUGUGGUGCAAGGCCCCCCACAGGUUGGAAAGUCUUUGCUCGUACAGUGUCUCGUCAAGCACUACACCAAGCACAGCCUCUCCAACAUCAGUGGCCCGAUCACUAUCAUCGCUGGAAAACACCGGCGUCUGCAGUUUAUCGAGUGUGCCAACGAUCUCAAUGCGAUGAUCGACGCUGCCAAGUUUGCGGACCUUGUUCUACUACUCAUCGAUGGCAGCUAUGGUUUCGAGAUGGAAACCUUCGAGUUUCUCAACUUACUACAAGUUCAUGGCUUUCCUAAAGUUAUGGGCGUGUUGACGCACUUAGACAAGUUCAAGGAUGUCAAGGCGUUGAGAAAGACGAAAAAGCAGUUGAAGAGCAGAUUUUGGACGGAGAUUUACGAUGGUGCGAAACUCUUUUACCUCUCAGGGCUUAUUCAUGGAAAGUACUCUAAGCGUGAGAUCCAUAAUCUUGCGAGGUUCAUAUCUGUGGCGAAGUUCCGGCCAUUACAGUGGAGGACUACUCACCCCUACAUGAUUGCUGACCGUUUUGAAGAUGUUACAGCCCCAGAAGAUGUUGACGCGAAUCCAAAGUGCGACAGGAAUGUAACUAUCUAUGGCUAUCUCCGUGGAACCAAUUUGAAGAAAACCAUGAAGGUCCAUAUAGCUGGUGUUGGAGAUUGUAGUAUGUCCGCUGUUACUCUACUGCCGGACCCAUGUCCUCUGCCUUCUGCAGCAAAGAAACGUGGCCUUCGCGAAAAGGAAAAGCUUUUGUACGCACCCAUGGCAGAUGUUGGAGACAUGCUGUACGACAAGGAUGCUGUUUAUAUAAACAUUAGCGACCAUCAAGUGCAGUUUUCUAAAAACUGUGAGGAUGCAGAAAAAACACAAGGAAAAGAUGGAGACGUAGGCGAGACGAUGGUGAAGUCACUGCAACAAUCAAAGUAUUCAAUUGAUGAAAAGCUGCAGCAAAGCUUUAUCCAAUUUUUCAAAAGUAGCGCCAUUCAAAGCGCCUCUGACUCGGAAGCGGAUGAAUCUGAUGAAUCUGGGCCUGAAAAAGAUGAUGCGAUGGCUACUGUUUCAGAAGAUGGGAGACUGAGAAGACGCGUCAUGUUUCCAAAUGAGGCCGAUGAAGAGGGCGCCGCCGAGGGACCUGAGGACGUGAACAAUGGGGAUAGUAGCGAAGACGAUAUUACAGGAGAGGAAAAUGGUGACGAAGAACGUAUGGUACAUGGAGAAGGAGAAGGAGAAGAAGAAGAAGAAGGCGAAGGAGAAGGAGAAGAAGAAGAAGAAGGAGAAGGAGAAGGAGAAGAAGGAAAAGAAGAACAAGAAAAUGAAGAGAACGAAGAUGUGGAGAUGGGAAAUGCUUUGCAAUGGAAACAAGGCUUGAUGAACCGCGUUGGAGCAUCCAAAAGCAACGUAAAUCUGAUGCAAGUUGUGUAUGGGCAUGUGGAGGCUUCAUCAAAAGAUAAAGACUUCCAAGAAGAUAUCUCAGAUAGCGACGAGGAACUGUUUAAGCCAAAACGGCAGCGGCACCAGGCUUCCAAGGACACGGUAGCUGCUAAUGCCCAGAACUUAGACUUGGAGGAUUGUUCAAGGCUCACAUUAGAAGUGGACGACUGGCAUAACCAAGAAGUUAUUGAAGCUAUUCGUGACCGGUUCGUGACGGGUGACUGGAACAAGGCGUCACAACGACAAAAGGGUGAGGUGGAGGAAGAUGAUCUGGUGUACGGCGACUUUGAAGAUUUGGAGACUGGUGAACAACACGUUGCCGCAGAAAAUCACGAGGAUGCUGAACGGAGGCUGAAGAAACUUGCUCUCAGAGCUGCAUUUGAUGCUAAAUAUGAUGGGUCAGCCAGCUUAGACGAGGAGAACAAGGAGGUGGAAGGUCCGAAGGAAAAGGAUCACUUUGACAAGCUGAAAGAAGAUAUGGAGUUGCAAAAGCAAAGAAACGCUGCGGAGCUGCAGGAUAUUGAUGCCACCACACGUAUAGAGAUGGAGGGGUUUUCUGUGGGAACGUAUUUGAGAGUAGAGUUCCGCGGAAUGCCUUAUGAGCUCGUGCAUCAUUUUGAUGCUCGGCAUCCAAUUCUUGUCGGCGGCAUCAGCAAAUCUGAAGAGAGCGCCGGGUUUAUGCAGGUCCGAUUGAAAAAACAUAGGUGGCACAAGAAGGUGUUGAAGAAUCGGGAUCCUUUGGUUGUGUCUGCUGGGUGGCGGCGAUAUCAGACGCUACCAGUGUAUUCCCUUGAAGACCGGAAUGGACGUCAUCGGAUGCUGAAGUACACACCAGAACACAUGCACUGUAUUGCAACCUUUUGGGGACCCCUUGCGCCUCCAAACACUGGCAUUGUCACCUUUCAGAACCUCUCAAACUCCCAGCCAUUAUUUCGUAUAACUGGGACGGGAGUUGUCUUAGAAUGGGACCAGUCCGUGCAAAUUGUCAAGAAGCUGAAGCUCGUUGGUUAUCCUUACAAAAUCUACAAGAAAACAGCCUUCAUCCGUGAUAUGUUUACAUCGGAGUUGGAAGUCGCUCGGUUUGAGGGUGCCUCCGUGCGGACUGUAAGUGGAAUUCGUGGCCAGAUCAAGAAGGCGGUUAAAGCUGGAAGCGGCAAGGAAGGUUCCGUGAGGUGUACCUUUGAAGACAAGAUUUUGAUGAGUGACAUCGUGUUUUUGCGGACGUGGACGAAAGUUGAUAUUCCCCGGUUUUUUAAUCCAGUGACGACGCUACUGCAGUCACGAGAUACCGUGUGGAAGGGUAUGAAAACGGUUGCUGAACUUCGAAGCGAGCAAAAUGUGUCCGUUCCCGUAAACAAAAACUCUCUCUACAGACCGACUGAGAGGCAACCCCGACGUUUUAAUCCACUUCAAAUUCCGAAGGCUCUGCAAGCUGCACUCCCUUUCAAAUCCAAGCCGAAGCUUUCAGCCAAACGUAAAAAACCACUCUUGGAGUCAGCGCGUGCUGUGGUGCUAGAACCGAACGAGCGGAAGGUUGUGUCUUUGGUGCAACAGCUCACAACCAUUCAAAAUGACAAGGCAAAGAAAAGGAAGCUGGAACAACGGAAGAAGAAGGAGGCCUACACUGCUCAAAAGGCAAAGGAGGAGGAAGAGAGCAAGAAAAGAAGGCGAGAAGAGAUUCGCGAGCGACACAGGUCCCAAGCCGUUCCUGGAAGGCCUUUGAACAAGAAGCCCAGGCGAAACGUGUAAACCACAAAUACUCUUGUAUUUUCCCGCCAGCAGAGAGCGAGGGUUUUUGGUUUUCGGUGGCUGCAAGAUGAAGGCGGGCACCGUGCAGAUUGCCUGGCACGGCUGUGACCCAGUGCUCUCUGCCGACUUCCACCCGGUCUCUGGUUUGCUCGCCACUUGUGGCGCCGACAAGGAUAUCAAAGUAUCAGUCAUUUCUCUUUGCU